UUGUUGUUCGGACAUCUAAAUUAUAUUAUUUAUGAUUUCAUAGUUUUAAAUUGUGCACAAAUAUUGGGACUAACAAUUAUGAUAUAACAAUUAUAAAUUUUUUUAAUUCGAGAAAAAAAGAUUAAUAAAUUAUAAUAAUUAAAUCUUACUUCAGAAGUUUAAAAUAAAACGCAUUUUAUUCACAUGUGUUAUUAUAUUUCAUCAUGAUGAACAGAUGGGAAGCUAUGAAAUACGUUACAGUGUUAUCUACGAAUGAUGAGUUUCAUAUUAUCAGUUUCUCCAAUUCUUAUCAUAGGAUAAAAGCAUAACUGGUUAUAAGUUUUAAAUGUAUAGCAAGUAUAGUAAUCACGAGUGUUCCAGUACACGUGUACACUAACGUUAUUUUGUGGUUUAUUUCGUACAUAAAUUAUUCAUUUGUGCUACGUUUAUGGUUAAACAUCUACGAUAACGUGACAUAUCGCCAUUUUGAAAUCUAAAAUUUAUCAAUACAAUAACAGAAUGCCAGAUAAUGAAAAAUGCACUCUAAAUCCAGAAGAACGAGUUCCCAUUUUACAACCAAAUGAAAAACUCUUAAAGAGACUGGAUAUUUUAGCUGAUCAUUUUCAAUCAACGUACAAUAUCAAACCUUUGUUUUUUGUAAGAGUUCCGGGAAGAGUUAAUUUAAUUGGUGAGCACAUCGAUUAUUGCGGAUAUGCUGUUUGUCCAAUGGCUAUUGAACAAGAUAUACUUAUUGCUGUAGCACUCUCAAACGACAACGUCAUUCAUCUUACUAAUUUAGAUUCAAAAUACAAAAAUUUCCAUUGCAAUUUUAAAGACAUUAGUGUUUGUAUUGGAGACGCCGACAGCGGUCCAGACUGGUACAAAUAUUUUCUCUGCGGCGUGAAAGGAGCUCUUGAAGUGAUCCCAGAGGAAUGUGUACCUUCGGGAAUUUUGGCUGCAGUUUGGGGUAACAUUCCUCCUAAUUCAGGACUCUCGAGUUCUAGCGCGCUAGUUUCCGCCGCUGUCCUUUUGAUUGUGCACGCUAGUCAGUAUCAAUUAUCGAAACGUGAAUUGGCUACCAUUAGUGCUAACGCUGAAAGAUAUAUUGGCACCCAAGGUGGUGGAAUGGAUCAAGCGAUCGCAUUCCUUGGAAAAGCAGGUUCUGCAAUGCUAAUCGAAUUCAACCCCUUGCGUGGUACCGAUGUCAUGUUACCGGAAACCGCAGUAUUCGUAAUAGCGCACAGCCAAGCUUGUCAUAACAAAGCUUCCACAACAGAUUAUAAUUUAAGAGUUGCAGAAUGUCGCUUAGCUGCACAGAUGAUAGCAAAGAAAAGAAAUAAACCUUGGCAACAUAUACAAAGACUAAUCGAUAUCCAAGAGAGUCUUAAUAUGAGCUUAGACGAAAUGGUUUCAGUUAUAACAACCGACCUUCAUGAAGAACCAUAUACCCUGAGCGAGAUUAGCAAGAACCUUGACACAACGAAUGAAAAACUUCGUGAAAUAUCAUUAUUACAAACUUUUAGCAAUGCGCAAAUUUUCAAAUUGAAACAACGUGCUCUCCAUGUAUAUCAAGAGGCGGCUAGAGUGCUCGAAUUCCAGCAUAUUAGUGAGAAAAAUGCAAUUGUGGAAGAGGAGAAGCUGAGACAACUAGGCAAUUUGAUGUCUAACAGCCAUUCCAGUAUGCACAAACUAUACGAGUGCAGUCAUCCUAGUGUCAAUUUACUCGUUGACAAAGCUAUGGCUUGCGGUGCUCUUGGUGCAAGACUCACGGGAGCUGGAUGGGGUGGCUGCAUAGUGGCCAUCAUAACGAAAGACAAGGUUUCUCAAUUUGUGGAUACACUGAAAAAGGAACUCAGUCUAUGUGGGAUAAAGGAUGGAUUCAAACUCGACGAUCUGGUUUUUCCAACGGAACCGAACCAGGGUGCUGCAAUUUAUAUGACCUAGUUUUUAUUCUCCAUCUGCUUCCUGCCUUCUUCUUGCAUUUUAUAAAUUGUUGACCAAUUAAUUUAUCAAAAGGUCUCUUAAAUAUCUAUACAUAAUGAUAUAGAUGGUACAUAUGAUUAUGUGUAUAUAAAUAUAUAUAUAAGGAAUGAAUUUGAAAUCAUUUCUAAUAAAGAGGCUAUUCGAUUAA